GAGAAAGGCAGCGACUGACAAACAAAAAAUCCACUGCUGUUGCCUACUGUCUAAAGUUUUCCUUCCUCCAUCCCAACACCCGUCCGGUUUGCCUCUGUCGGGAAAAAUAAAUAAUUUCUCCACAACUUAACCAGCAAGAGCCACUCUCCUGGGUGCCAGGGUUUCACUUCCGCUCCGUUUCCGGCUACAGUGCGCCGGGUUGCGGCUAGCCGAGGUAAACGCCACUCGGUCGAUCCACAGGCGCUUCUCCUCUCUGUUGUUCGCAAAAAUGGCGAACGUGGUGCUGGAGUUCACGGCUUCUGCCGGUGACUCGGAGCCGCAGAGUCGCCCCGUCUUGAUCAUUGGGCAGCAGACGAGCCUGCAGCAGGUGAACUGGAGCCAGAUCAAGGGGAAGCUGCAGCCAGUCGUCAGCAAAGAGGUCUGGCAGGCGGCCCUCAGUGCUUUGAACCCGAACCCCACGGACAGUUGUCCUCUGUACCUGAACCAUGCGGCGGUGGCAGCCCUUCCCUCGCGGGUCAGCCGACACAACAGCCCCUCUUCUGCCCACUUUGUCUCCCGUCUGGUCCGAACCUGUCUGCCCGGAGGGACUAAUCGCUGCAUUGUGAUGGUAUGUGAACGCUCUGAUGUGUUUGCGUCCGCCUGUGCCAUUGCCCGGGCGUUCCCCCUCUUCUCCCGCCGCUCUACAUCCUCACGCAGGACUGAGAAGAAGCAGGUCACCAUAGAGUUUGUGAUUAUCGGCCAAGACAGCGGUCCUCUUGACCCCACAGAACUGGAGUGUCUUUCCAACGCUGCAGAUGGAGUGAGGCUGGCUGCUCGUAUUGUGGACACGCCAUGCAACGAGAUGAGCACAGAUCACUUCUUAGAUGAGAUCAGGGCUGUAGGAACUGAACUUGGAAUCACUCCUGUCAUCAUUCGAGGAGAGGAGCUGAAGCAAAAAGGGUUUGGAGGUAUUUAUGGCGUUGGCAAGGCGGCAGUGCACCCACCUGCACUGGCAGUGUUGAGUCACACACCAGAUGGUGCGACCCAAAGUAUUGCAUGGGUGGGCAAGGGCAUCGUGUACGACACUGGAGGACUGAGCAUCAAGGGAAAGACCACAAUGCCAGGGAUGAAGAGAGAUUGUGGUGGAGCUGCGGCCAUUUUGGGAGCCUUCAAAGCCACCGUUAAACAGGGCUUUAAGGAUAAUCUCCACGCGGUGUUCUGCCUGGCGGAGAACGCAGUUGGACCCACCGCCACACGGCCUGAUGACAUCCACACUCUCUACUCUGGAAAGACAGUGGAGAUCAACAACACAGAUGCCGAGGGCCGGCUGGUGUUGUCUGACGGCGUGGUGUACGCCAGUAAAGACCUGUCAGCUGACAUUAUUCUGGAUAUGGCCACACUGACAGGGGCGCAGGGGAUCUCCACAGGGAAGUACCAUGCAGCCGUGAUGACUAACAGCGAGCAGUGGGAGGCUGCGUGUGUGCGCGCCGGCCGCAGCAGCGGGGACCUCGCUCACCCGCUGGUGUACUGCCCCGAGCUGCACUUCAGCGAGUUCACCUCCGCUGUGGCCGACAUGAAGAACUCUGUGGCAGACCGGGAGAACGCCCAGAGCUCCUGCGCAGGCCUCUUCAUUGGUUCCCACCUGGGCUUUGACUGGCCGGGUGUCUGGGUCCACGUGGACAUAGCCUCUCCUGUCCAUGCUGGGGAGCGUGCCACAGGGUUCGGCGUUGCUUUGCUCAUGGCUCUGUUUGGUCAGGCGUCAGAUGACCCCAUUCUCAACCAGGUGUCCCCUCUUGGUGUGGCCAGCGCCGUCCCAGGAGAGCAAAUGGAGCGGGACUGCAAAAGGAGAAGACUGGUCUAGACACGCAGAGCGGGCUCCUUCUCCACCGUAACCGCUCGGCUCCCACCAGACACCCUCACUUUUUGAUGCAAGUGCUCGUUCAUGUGGGUGAAAUAAAGUAUGCAGGAUUUUGUUUGUCCUGUUCGAAAACCGUGAUUCAACUUAUGUGUUAAAUAAGAUUCGACGUGACAGAAUAAACCAGAUCAGCAUUUAAAAAAAAAAAAAAAAAA